AUGAGCAUCUCCUGCCUUCCAGUCAACCUGGACAGCCUCAUCACGCGACACGUACGUGUUUUCUGUAUACUGGGUAUCAAACCCACAGUACUUGCCUUUUCCGUGUGUUCUGAGGCACACUUUUUUUUUUCCACGAGCAGACGUGUGGUGCGCAAAUCCAUUGCCAGAGUCCUGACUGUUAUCAAUCAGACGCAGAAGGAGAACUUGAGGAAGUUUUACAAGGGCAAAAAGUAUAAGCCUCUUGAUCUGCGGCCGAAGAAGACCCGUGCCAUGCGACGUAGAUUAAAUAAGCACGAAGAAAACCUGAAGACCAAAAAACAGCAGCGGAAAGAACGUUUGUACCCUGUCCGGAAAUACGCCAUCAAGGCAUAAAACUGCAGCAGGCCGAACGUUCUUAAUUACAUUGGCUGAGUACGUCUCAUUAAAUAGAAUUUUGUUUGGAA